CAAUUUAGAGAUGAAGUAGGAAGUAUAGGAAUUUGGUCCGCAGUUCGAAAAUGGGUUUGGAACUUACUCAGACGCUCUCUCAAGGAGAUACUACAAACAAAAAAAGCAAAAGGGCUCGGACCCUUAUGAACCGUGAAGGUUCGCGGUUGGACAGCAGGUUUAAGCGAGGCCAGGUUGUUUCACUGAGAUUGAAGAACUUUGUAACCUUUGAUGACGUGAUGCUUCAAGCUAGUCCUUCGUUGAAUUUAAUUGCCGCUCCCAACGGGACAGGAAAGUCUACCGUUGCGUCAGCACUCAGUAUAGUAUUUUGUACCAACUUGAAAACUCUGGAACGAGCGUCAUCUCUCGCAGAGUUUAUUAAAAGAGGGGAGGAAAGAGCUACCAUAGAAGUAUCUUUGUAUGAUCCCCAAUCACCUGAAACGAAAUAUCUGCGUAAAAUCUCUCGAUCGUUUGAUAAGAACAAGAGCGAAAGCUUCAUAGACGACAAGCACGUUCGACAGUCCGAAAUACUGGAUUUGUGCAAAAGCUAUAAUAUUCAACUAGAUAAUCUGUGUGUAUUCCUUCCUCAAGAAAGAAUAUCCAAUUUUACAAGCAUGGAACCGAAAGAAUUGUUUCGAAGAAGUUUAGAAGCCAUUGGAGGAAGUGACUUGUAUGUUUCCUUUUCAGAUUUGGUCUCAAGAGAAGAUAUUUUAAAGAGACAAAAAGACGAAAGAGAGGCGGAUAAACGUAGACUCUUGGAGCUGGAGAAGGAGCGUGAACAACUUGAAAGUAAUCUUCGCUUUGUAGAAGAAGUACAGAAGCUGAAGAAUGAACUUGAGGAAAUGGAAUUUGUCAGGGAUUGGCUAGAUUAUGAAGAGAAGAGGAAGCACCUUAUUGAAACAUCAAAGAAGAAAGAUGAAUUGAAGAGCGUCAAAAUCUUAAGAGAAAAUGAACUGAAGGAAAUAUCAAAUGAAUUACAAAUUAGCAAAAAUACUCUGCAAACUAGUAGAAACGACUUGCAAUCUCUUAAUGAGGAAACGCGACAAAAGAGAGACAAGAUUGGGUUUAUACGGAACAAACUUGAUGAAAUCCGUUCCAAUGUCAUGCUGAAUUUGGAACGUCUAAAGCAGCUAAAGCCGGAUUUUGAAGGUCGUAAAAAAAAUAUUGAAAAGGUCACAAGCAUGUUUUUGUUGAGUCAUUUCCAGAAUUUGUCAAAUCGUGACACACUGAACCAUCUUGAAGAGCAGCUCAGAGAGAAAAGAGAAGAAGUUUCUAGAAAGAAAGGCGAAUAUGACAAUGAACGAGAAAUUUUUCACUCUCAGAAAGUUGAGCUUGAAAGACAUAAAAAAGAGUUGCAAACACUAACAGAACGAAAGCUGCAGCUUGAGAACUUUAGGGUUCGUCAGCUGCAGUAUUUAGAAGAGAGGAAUCCUGGUAUCCAAAACGUUAUCAAAUUGAUUGAACAGAAUUCUCACAGAUUACAAGGCAAAGUUUGGGGUCCGGUUGGUUUGGAAAUCCAAGCUCAUGAUGAAUACGCUGCCAAGAUUUUACAAGCAUGCGUUCCGAACGCUUUGAGGAGAACUUUUGUGGUUGAGUUUGAUGAGGACUUUAAAUUGUUAACCGAGUCGAUCUGCAAGGAUGUGAAUUUUGAUUGUGUAUCAAUAGAAGGCGUUCCAGAGACGAAGAUAGCGACUCCAUCCAAUUUGGAAUCUCUUAGUAUUUAUGGCCUUUAUGAUGUAGUCACAAACAUUUUCGACGCAAGUCGGGAAAUCAAACUAGCAAUGUGUAGUCAUACGCCGUAUUCUUCGAUAUAUGUCGGCAAUGAAAUGGCUCAAGAAAAAACUGAAGAGAUUAUUCAGAAAACAAAUAUUCAUCAUUGGUUCAAUCCCAAGGAAUGUUUUCGAGUUGUAGUAUCUCGUUUUACCCAGGAAAAGAUAGUACAGUGUGAUCCACUGAGACCUUUAUCGAAACAUGCUUCGAUAGAGAAACAGGAUGACAAAAUAGAAGAGUUAAAGAAAAGAAUGUCCCGUUUGUCGAAGAGUAUCGAGAAUAUGGAAAGAGAUAUGCAUUCACAGGCUCAUAAGGUUGAGCUUUUAGGAAAUAGUAUUCGGACAGAAGAGACUGCUCUUUCUACCGUCUCAAGAGAAAGAAAUGAAGUUUUCAAGUUACUUUCAGAGAUAAAGAGUUUGAAAUCCCAAGUGGAGAGAGAAGAAUCAGAGCUGGGGCAAAUGAAUUUUCGAGAGGAACAUUUGAAGAUGCAAGAAGCUAUAGCAAGUAACCGAAGAGACAUGCUCUCUAAUCUCGAGGAGCUACAAGAGCUCUUGAAGGAAUGCUUUGAAUUCGAGAAACAGCUCGACCAGAAAGCGAUAUUUUGUGUGAAUCUAAGCAACACGUUGAAAGCACAGGAAUCCGAGUUGAAUGAGAAGCGUGAUGAUUUUCAAAAAGGGAAAGACGAGUACAUGUCUUGUAAAGACGACUACACUAGUAAGAGAGAUGAGUUGAAAGCAAAAUAUAAGGAGCUUCAAGAAAAAGCUCCUAUGGAGAGAUAUAGAAGUAUAGUUCAGGGUUAUCCACAAGAUGUGGCUAGCUUUAAUAAUCUGUACAAUAGAAAGAAGGCGCGUUUAACUGCGAUAAGUAAUAUAGAUUCUUCGACUCUCGCCAGCUAUGAGAAAGUAAAAAACGAAUUGGCAGAGCUCGAUCAUAAACUACAGAUGAAUGUGAGUGCAUUGCAUGAAGAGGAGAUUCACUUUGCGGAGAAAAGGGUCCAUUUUCUGGAGGAAAUAAGAAAUCACGUUUCUAGUAUGAAUGCACGUUUUAGUCAGUUGUUCAGUUUUUUAGAAUGCCGAGGAGAACUUGUUUUAAAGGAAGUUGAAGACUUGAAAAAUCUCAGCAUUGAAAUCAAUGUUAGUUUUCGUGAUGAUCAACCUCUGUUACCUCUUAGUGGCGCACGGAAUUCAGGUGGUGAAAAGAUGGUUUCCAUUAUGUUGUACAUAUUCUCGAUGCAGCACCUGACAAAAGCGCCGUUUAGACUUGUUGAUGAGAUGAAUCAAGGUAUGGAUCCUUGGUUCGAAAGAAAGAUUAUUUCUCUAAUGGUUGAGGAUGCCCGCAAUUCUGCGAGCUCGCAAGUAUUUCUAAUUUCUCCCAAACUGCUUACCGAUUUACAGUUUGGAACUGAAACUAGAGUUCAUUUUAUUUUUAAUGGUCCUUGCGUGUGUAGUAGACAGGACUCUUGGAACCAGUCACUUGCAAAAUAUCUAGAACAAGAGUCGUGACUGCGUUUAGUGGCUUUCGCAAUGCAGAUAUGUGAUAAGGGCUUGAAUAAUUUCUGUAUAAAUGCGUCUUUCUUAUACCAGACACAAUUCUCUUUUUGAAUGGAUAGGCAUGUCGACACCCGAUAUUCUUCUUUUUUUCUAUAUGGAUAACUUUAUUGUUUGCCUCAAGGUCCUAGCACAUGUACAUAGCGUGGAAACAUUUUGUAAUAUUUUUUUCUCUUUUGCGCUUUAAGAAGCUUCCUAGAAGAAUAGACAAGGUUUGGCCUUUCGUGAAAGAACUUUCAGCUUUCCGAAAUAGUUUCCAUCCAUAUGUUGCUAUUUAAUUGAAGUGCCAUGUAUGCAGAUGAAAAAAUACUUUAAGCACUAUUUGUAAUCGGGGGCUUUAAAAAUUUCGUAUAAUAUUAUAAUUGCAUUGAAACCUAUUUAGAUAUUUUGUUGAACGGGUCAACAUUAUGAAAACUUUUAUUCUUUGGGUUCUCUGUGAACGUUAUGAAACUGCAAGUCAUUUGAAAAGGUCGGCUGAAAAGUCAAUUAGAAAAAAUGCUUGAAACGUUUUACCCUCCACUAAUAAAAAUGCUAGCAUUUUU